UAUUAUUAUAGACGACAAGUCGGACAACAGACACUGCUCCUUCGUUUACCUGCCCAUGACACCUACGACACGACUACCUGCCGAGUUCACAAGCCUCUAUCGACUUGUCUUACGAGCCACUGCAGCAUCGGUUCUGAACAACGGAUCCGCUACGCAACAAUUACGAGUGUUAUGGAGACCGGGCUUCGACCGUGCGGCCGAGGUGCUGCAUCGCCUGCAAAGCACUCCUCUCGCGGAGAGUGAACGAACGACUCUGCAGCGGUGGUAUGGAGCUUGGGAGGCCCGGAUGGACAAGACGUUGUCAUUUCUAUCCAACUCAGCCCGUUCUCGCGGUCUGCCUCACCGUGUCACCCGUAACAUGAGUCACUUGCUGUGGUCAUAUCGAUUCUAUACAAGUAAAGUGUCGCUGUGGGAGCAUGACUCCUCCAGACCGCGAUGGAAGCCAAACCUACCGCAAAACCACGAUGCAUAUAAGCCACACGGCCUUAAGCCAGGAACUCGUUUAGAAGACAUUCAGUCCAGGAAAGCUCGGAGGGCCGAUAUGAACGAUGAGCAGUGGGCUGCGCUCGAUGAGGUCAUCUUGAUGGCUGAGGGUAGAGAAGGCCUGUCCCUUGGGAGGAUUACGCGACGGCAGUGGGCGUAGAGCGAUGGGGUUUCAGGUAAUUAACUGCUGAAUGGGAGGCGAGUAUCUCAUGAACCGAGACUUAUGGAUAGCUGCCCUUGCCCAGUACGCGUCUCCGGCGUAGCACCGACGAGUCUUUAUCGCUGCUAUGCAAGGCUUGCGUUCCUCGGAUGCCCGUAACAGUCGUACGUCUUGCCUGCCUACGGCUUCGUCCUCCAACUCAAUGUAUCUCCACGAUGGUCGAUCCCGAGCCGGGGCAUCUGCAUUCGUUGGCCCGCCACCCAAGUCAUUGCGUGUGAGACUG